UCUCUUCCCAGCAGCUAUCAGUCUGUGUUGAAGGAGAUACUCAGCGAACUGGCCUGUCACCAUGAACUGGAAAAAGACAUGAACAUGCCCCUGUCUAAGCUAAUGGAGGGCGAAAACAGGAAGAAGCUGGGACUCUUGUUGAAGAAAAAUUUUAGCAAAUACAGAGACACAAUUAUGUGGAUUAUGGAAAAAUGUGAAAGUCAGAAAAUGUCCGAGAAGGCCACUACCAUUACAUACCAAGUAUCAACUAUGGUAGAGCCAGAGCAGUCAGACACAGAAGAAAUCCUAAGACAUAGUACUUCUUUCAAGAAGAAGUUAAGGCUAGAUGCAGAAUGGAUACGGGCAAAGAUGAAGGCACAUCAAAGUGAUGGAAAAUUAAUUGCCUACCACAGUGGGAGGAAUUUCCGUAUUCUUUUUCCUAAUGGCACAGGCCAGAUUUACUAUCCGUCAGGGAACCUGGCUCUGCUCAUCACCUGCAAAGGAGUUGCCAAGUUCACAUACAUUGUUCUGGAAGACUGUAAAGAAAGAAAGAUCCGAGGCCUUGUCACCAACUCUGGCCAUGCCACCUUCUACAAAGAGAAUGGAGGGAUCUGGGUGAGCCUGAGCAAACUCCUGGGCUACUACUUCCCCAAAGACAAAUAUCAGAAGGCCUGGAACUGGUGGAACCUGAGCAUCCACGUACAUGCACCCCCCAUCAUGUGCCUCACUUUGAAACUCAACAAGUACAUCCAUGUACAAAUAAGAAGCCAGGACAAGGUCAUCUUCUGCUUCUUUGCCCCCAAACAGAAGAGGAUUUAUUUAAACAUGGGCACCAAGUACAAGUUUGUAAGCCUGAAACUGCUUGAAGCCAUGAAGAAUAAAUCAAUCCUGGAGACAGACCCUGGCCCGACAUCGUGGAAGAUCCAGGUCCUUCUGGGCAAAAUAAGUAGUAGUCUGAAGCUCCUGACCCUGUCUGACUUGGAACACUUCACAAAGCUCAUCAAGUUGGGACUUCGUAACCUCCGUAAGAGGAAAGCUCGAAUCUUGUUUUAG